UUCCUACCAAACAGACCCAGACCUUCGCUACUUACUCUGACAACCAGCCUGGUGUACUCAUUUAGGUUUAUGAAGGUGAGCGUGCCAUGACCAAGGAUAACAAUCUACUGGGCAAGUUUGAACUCACAGGCAUACCUCCCGCCCCCCGUGGCGUUCCUCAGAUUGAAGUCACUUUUGAUAUUGACGGCAUUCUCAAUGUCUCUGCUGUGGAUAAGAGUACAGGGAAAGAAAACAAGAUCACCAUCACAAACGACAAAGGUCGUUUGAGCAAGGAAGACAUUGAGCUCAUGGUCCAGGAAGCUGAGAAGUACAAAGCUGAAGAUGAGAAGCAGCGGGACAAGGUGUCCUCCAAGAAUUCCCUGGAAUCCUAUGCAUUCAAUAUGAAAGCAACUGUUGAAGAUGAGAAACUUCAGGGCAAGAUAAAUGAUGAGGACAAACAGAAGAUUCUGGACAAGUGUCAUGAAAUCGUCAACUGGCUGGAUAAGAACCAGACUGCAGAAAAAGAAGAAUUUGAACAUCAGCAGAAGGAGCUGGAGAAGGUCGUAUAGAGAAAGAGUGU